AAAGGGUGUAACAGACGGACUGCGCGUUAUUGUGUGGUUAUCCGAAGUAGUUGUCAGUUCACGAUUUGACAUAUUGAAGUGGGAACGGGGUUAAUUCCCUCGAUAAUUUUUAGUUAUUCAUUUCGUCCUAAAGUAGUGAUUAUCAAAAUGUUGAAAAAUUUUACCUCGUUACAGACAUUUGUAUAUUAUGAAAGCCCAGUCCAGUAUUAACACAUACCCGCACGGUCGAAAUAAUAUGUAAACGACACAUUCGAUAUAAGUCCUUUCAAUGUAAAUCUGCUUCAUGUAAGGUAAUUCAAUUUGCAACGUUCACAAGUGUACGAUAAAUAUGCUGUCACGUAAAAACAAAGAUUUGCGUACAAUUAAAGAAGGCGUCGUUGGGAAAUAUGUUAAAAAAGAAACACCCCCCGAAAUGCCUAUUAUCAACGUAUGGACAACUGAACCAGUCAGAAGAAUAAGAAGAUUUAAUCAAUCAUCUAUACCAUCGUCUGCGCCUGUAGUUCAACAGCCAAGUAUGGUCCAAAAAUUUGGAAACACAAAAACAACCAUGAGCGCAGUUGGAUUAGGAAGUCACGAGGGCAAAUAUACACCCAAUAGCUCGGUUCCAGAUUUAGCUCAAAGAUUUGCCAGCCUUUCUGUUACUUCCAGCGACGGGACGACCUCACGUACUCCGACUCCGAUGUAUCAUCCUGAAUUGUCCCCUGCAAUUUCGCACACCUAUGUGAACCAAUAUGCUGGUUCUGAAUAUCAUUUGGAUAGGAUUCAAACACCUCAAUUACCUUACCUGCCUUCUGAAAUUGAUUUAGGUUAUGAAGAUUAUAAUCAGACUCCGUAUUGCCAAAACUCUGGGUACAAUAGGAGGCACUCGGAGAGACCAAGUUCAAGAGGGGAACCACCAGAAGAGUUACCACUGCCACCAGGCUGGUCGGUCGACUUCACUCUGCGUGGUAGAAAAUACUAUAUUGAUCACAAUACUAAAACUACGCACUGGUCUCAUCCACUGGAAAAAGAGGGUCUACCGACAGGUUGGGAGAGAAUAGAAUCUCCAGAGUACGGAGUAUAUUAUGUGAAUCACAUCACAAGACAAGCACAAUACGAACAUCCAUGUUAUCCUUUGGAAAUGCAAGCCGUUCGUGUUGUUUCACCACCACGCCACACGCAUUUUCAUUCCCAUAGCGUUCUAGUUCCAGCAAAUCCUUAUCUGAAUGAAGAAAUCCCACAUUGGCUUUAUGUAUACAGCAGAGCAUCUGUUGCUUUGGACCGGAAAUUGCGCUGGGAGCUCUUUCGUCUUCCUGAAUUGGAUUGUUUUAAUGCGAUGCUCACCAGACUGUACAAACAAGAACUAGAAGAAGUUGUAAUGCGAUACGAAGAGUACAGAUCUGCUUUGCUGUGUGAAAUGGAACAAAGAUUGAAGGAAUUGAAACCCGAAUCUAGAGGAUCAACCGCAGGAGUUGUUGCCCUACGGAGAUCCUUGCCUUAAGACUGUAGAAUGUCGACAGAAGCUGUAGUAAAGCUUGAUUUAUUUGUGUGAUUGACUAAACAGAGUUCCUUAGAUGUCUUAUACGAGCAUUUGGUAUACAGGUAUUCUCUUUCUUCAUGUGCGAGACCAACUCGCUUUGCCUGAGGUAAUAAUUGACUAUUCUUACGAGAAGCAAACAGAGGCCUGUACAGACAUGUUUGAUCGUAGGUUUAGAAGUGUUCUGGAGAAAGAUUAUGGACAAAUUAUCUUCAGUGCAUAAAAUGAAAGUGCCUUAAUAAUCCUCUAUUAACUAGUUCAGAACCUAUAAUAAGAGGAGCCUCAUAACUUUGAUAAGUAAUAUUUACAUUAUCUGCUGCCAUAAAUUUAAUAUCAUUUUCGGAUAGAUACAAAAUUGAAAUGAAACCAAGUGCAACAAGUCUGAUCACGAUACAGUACACCACUGAACUUCUGUAAAAUAAGUAAAUAUAUGUCUUGCUACUUGUCAUUGUAAUAUAAUGGAAUGUUUUGCAAAACCAUCUCGUGGCAACUACUACCUUAUUGGUAGAUAUUACGAGUGAACCAAGUCCUCUCAUUGCUUAUGGAGGAUCAUUAUCCCGCAUCUAUACUCUUAGUUUAUGCUCGAUCCAUAUUACGCCUACAUUGACAAUAGCAGUUCGUCUACUGUCGUUAAUCAAGAAGAAAUAUUAUGGAAAAGCUAAACCAAUGCUUAUCGAAGUGGUCCAUUCUUUGGAAUGAAUUUAGUAAUUGUAAUAACGUUGCUCGCAGUGCUGGUAUAUGACUCUUCUUUCUCUGAACCAAUUGGCGUUCACUUUUUAGCAAAAUUAAAUGUUCCGUCAUUUUUGAUGAAAAAUAAUUUUUAACGAACUAAAACAUGAGUGCCGUUUUUCUUUACGUAUA